CCAAGCCGCAGCCUCCUGUCUGGGGACCAGGAGGUUACCGCGGUGGCUGGAGGAAUCCGAGGGCUCCCUCCAGGCUGGAAAGACGGAGCCCGUAGCUGGCGAGGCCACCGAGCAGGGCCAGGCCGGGCCCUGCCCGCAAGGACGCCCAAGCCCUCCGCCGGCCCCAGGGCCCCAGAGCCCACCAGACUCUCCCACUGGCCUCACCAUGACAUCGGAGCCCACGUCACCCCCAGUGGUGCCCCCGCUCCACUCGCCCAAGUCGCCUGUCUGGCCCACUUUCCCCUUCCACAGGGAGGGCAGCAGGGUGUGGGAGCGGGGCGGGACGCCACGGGACCUGCCCAGCCCUCUGCCCACCAAGCGCACCAGGACGUACUCAGCGACAGCCCGCGCCUCGGCCGGCCCUGUGUUCAAGGGCGUCUGCAAGCAGUUCUCCCGCUCCCAGGGCCACGGCUUCAUCACCCCCGAGAACGGGUCGGAGGACAUCUUCGUGCACGUGUCUGACAUCGAGGGGGAGUAUGUGCCCGUGGAAGGCGAUGAGGUGACCUACAAGAUGUGCCCCAUCCCACCUAAGAACCAGAAGUUCCAGGCUGUGGAGGUGGUGCUCACCCAGCUGGCCCCGCACACCCCUCAUGAGACGUGGUCUGGGCAGGUCGUGGGCUCCUAGGCUGGGAGCCAUGUGGGAGGCCUCGGUGUGCAUGUCUGUCUGUCUGUCUGUGCCCCUGGCUGUGCGUGCGCACCUCCACCCACCCCACCCUGUGACUGUCCUGUGAACUGGCCAGAGCUGGCUGGAGGGGAGGCCACCAGCCCUGCCUGUCCCUCCUCCGUCCCUUCCUGCCAUACACACAGGACCCUUCUUGUCCUCCUGCCCUCAGCCCACGUCGGCUGAGUCUCUGCCAUCCUGUCUGGCUCAUGGGGACUUUGGGGGACCCCUCUCAGAUGAGCUCGCUCCUGUCUGCCUGUGUCCCACCCUAGGCUGUGGCCUCUGCCAUGGCCUGACCCUUCCUCUCGGAAGCCAGGCUGGUGAGCACUUUGGGUGAGCCCCCAGCCUCACGCAGUGGAACAGGGGCAAACAUGGGGCACACGGCCCUACUGCCUUGGCCAGCCCACUUCCUGCUCAGGCUCUCAGAUCACUGGUGAGGCAGAGGAGGAUCUGGGGUGCCCUGUGCUCACCCCUGCCCCCCAAGGUAAACAGGGGAUCCAUCUCCCUAGCCUGCAGCCAUUUCCUCUCCCCCAAAUCCCAAACCCUGUGGAUUCUCCACCAUGCCUGGCCACAGCAGCUGUGGAACAUGUGAAAUAAUGUCUCAUGCGAGACCAGGCCUGGGCACCAGAAGGAUCCACCGGCCUGCACCCCUCUUCCUCAGCUGUGGGACAGCAGCCCCCACAGGUCCUGAUAGACCAGCGGCCCAGGGGUCUUUGCCUUGUCCAUCCUGCUGUCCCUGUUACCUGGAGCUCUCUGGGCCUGAGAUGUCCCUGUGUGUGGCAGGGGUGACCUGGCCCCUCCCCCUCCCUUGAGACCAAAUGUGGGGGAAGUGGGGUCACAGGCUUGAGGCACAGCCCUGCCAGGACAGUGACCCUUAUGAGACCCAGUCUGCAAGUAAAAGUGGGGGCUCACAGGCCCAGGAUGAGGGGGUCGGUGACUAGGCCUUGGCACUGUCCCAAGAUAGCUGGACAUCUGCAUCUCACCCCUGCCCAGUACCAUCAGAGGCUGGACGGUGCCUGGCAUCCCCUGUACCCAGGAAGGGCCAGCCAACCUGACACUCCACUGAGCUGGACAAGGACACCCUGGGCCCCCUGGCAGAGGCCCUGUCUGCACCCCAGCCUCCCCAUGACUAGGCUCCCCGAGUAGGCAUCGGGCCAGAGCUGCCUGGGUGGCAGGGGCAGCAGCCCCUCCUCCCGUCCUCAGGCCCACAGCACUGUCAGAAGCCGUCCCGAGACCCCAGCCACGGAUUCCCCAUCCUCCCCAACACUGGCAAUAAAUUCAACUGUGACCUGGGCUGCCAUAGCUGCUUUCUGU